CCCAUCUGUCAGAUGAGGCCGCCGAGGCGCAGGGAGCACGCCCGGCCGAUGAGCCCACCCAUUCCUGGCGCCCCUGACCUUGCCUCCCGUGUCUCUCUCCGCAGGUUCGGGGCGCCCGCCCCCUACUAGGCCAAGUGGAGGGGGUGUCCCCGCCCAAUGGGCCUGGCCAGGGCCCUGCGCCGCCUUAGCGGCGCCCUGGAGCCAGGAGAGGGCCGGGCCGGCGACGAGGAGGAGGCCGGGCCGGGGCUGUGCCGCAACGGGUGGGUGGCGUCGCCGGCGGGGCGGCGCCGCGGGCGCUUCGUCAAGAAGGACGGGCACUGCAACGUGCGCUUCGUGAACCUGGGCGGCCAGGGCGCGCGCUACCUGAGCGACCUGUUCACCACGUGCGUGGACGUGCGCUGGCGCUGGAUGUGCCUGCUCUUCUCCUGCUCCUUCCUCGCCUCCUGGCUGCUCUUCGGCCUGGCCUUCUGGCUCAUCGCCUCGCUGCACGGCGACCUGGCCGCGCCGCCGCCGCCCGCGCCCUGCUUCUCGCACGUGGCCAGCUUCCUGGCCGCCUUCCUCUUCGCGCUGGAGACGCAGACGUCCAUCGGCUACGGCGUGCGCAGCGUCACCGAGGAGUGCCCGGCCGCCGUGGCCGCCGUCGUGCUGCAGUGCAUCGCCGGCUGCGUGCUCGACGCCUUCGUCGUGGGCGCCGUCAUGGCCAAGAUGGCCAAGCCCAAGAAGCGCAACGAAACGCUCGUGUUCAGCGAGAACGCCGUCGUGGCGCUGCGCGACCGCCGCCUCUGCCUCAUGUGGCGCGUCGGCAACCUGCGCCGCAGCCACCUCGUCGAGGCCCACGUGCGGGCCCAGCUGCUGCAGCCUCGAGUGACCCCGGAGGGUGAGUACAUUCCACUGGAUCACCAGGAUGUGGACGUGGGCUUUGAUGGCGGCACUGAUCGAAUCUUCCUCGUGUCUCCCAUCACCAUCGUGCACGAGAUCGACUCCGCCAGCCCUCUGUAUGAACUGGGACGUGCUGAGCUGGCCCGGGCUGACUUUGAGCUGGUGGUCAUUCUUGAGGGCAUGGUUGAGGCCACGGCCAUGACCACACAGUGUCGCUCCUCCUACCUCCCUGGUGAGCUGCUCUGGGGCCAUCGUUUUGAGCCGGUCCUCUUCCAGCGUGGCUCCCAGUACGAGGUCGACUACCGCCAUUUCCACCGCACUUACGAGGUCCCAGGGACACCAGUCUGCAGCGCCAAGGAGUUGGAUGAACAGGCAGAGCGGGCUUCACACAGCCCCAAGUCCAGCUUCCCCGGCUCCCUGGCCGCAUUUUGUUACGAGAAUGAACUUGCACUGAGCUGCUGCCAGGAGGAAGAGGAGGAGGAGGAGGCCAAGGAGGAGGACGGAGCGGAGGCAGAAGAUGGCAUUGCCAGCCCCCAAGUACUCACACCGACCCUGGCACUGACCCUGCCCCCGUGAUGCCAGCUGGUGUCUCCCGAUUUGUACCCCCUUCCCGGAAAUAGCAAGGUGGAGAGAGCAAGGGUCCUCUCCUGGGAUGGGGGCAGGUGUUUCCCAAGACCGACAGGCCUGCUGGGUAAAUUAUUAGCUGGUGAAGGUCUCCCAUGCCUAGUGGACCCACCCCAGACAUACUGGCUCUUAAUUCCUCUGCGUUCCAUGCUCCCUCUCGAGACCCCUUUAUGAGCCUGAUUCCUGACCC